AAAGAGCGUGCGUGUGAUGUGUUUGUGUAUCCUCAAUGUUUUUCUCUCUUGCGUGUUUCAUCGAGUUUAAACAGAGUCUUGUCUCUGUGUAUUUAUGUGUUGAGACGUUGAUGAUGAGAUGCGCUGUGCUGUAAAUCAGUAGGAACUGAUCUGUUCAUGCUGGAUAUAUUGAUGAUUUCAUCACAGAAAUCUCUUAGCUGAAGAAAGAGGUGGCGUUACUGGAGACAAAGCUGAGGUCAAGAGGAGAUUUAGCAAUGAAUCGAGAGGAUGUGGAUUGUUGUGAAUCUUCAGUGUAUGUGAGUGAUGAUGGGAGUCUGGAUUCAGUGUGGAUGAGCAGAGAUCAGAGCCGCACACCACAGACACUGCUGGACUCUAAACUCUCUGAAGAGAAAUCCAGACACACACAGGACUCCAAGCUCAGUCUGACUUUACUCUCAGAAAUCAAAACUGAACCCACAGAAAUCAAAACUGAACCCACAGAAAUCAAAACUGAACCCACAGAAAUAAAAACUGAUCCUAAAGAAAUCAAAACUGAACAUAAAGAAAUCAAAACUGAACCUAAAGAAAUCAAAACUGAACCCACAGACGAGGAAGAUCGCCCUGAUGAAGAUGAUGACUUUAUUACAUCAGAUGUGAAGAGUGAUUCAUGUUUGGAUAUAGAAAUAACGUCCUCAACAUCAAAAGAGCGACUGACAGCACAAACUCUUUCCUGCAUCACCUGUGGAAAGACAUUCAGCUCACAGAGACAUUUAGAGAGACAUGAGAGAAAACACACAGAACAGAAACUCUUCACCAGAUCUGAGAUCAGCUUUACUACCUUACAAGAGAAGAAACUUCAUUCAGAAGACCACAGAGAGAAGAAGAAGAAGCAGUUUCACUGUGAGCAGUGUGGGAAGAUUUUUGUCUCUUCCUCUCAACUAAAUGUUCACAUGAGGACACACAGUGGUGAAAAGCCUUUCAACUGCACUGAAUGUGGAAAAUACUUCAAAACCAAAGACACUCUUAAAGUUCAUCAGAGAGUUCACACAGGAGAAAAACCUUACGAGUGUCCUCACUGUGAUAAGAGAUUUAGCUAUAAACAUAAUCGGAAGAGACAUGUGCUUUCACACACCAAUGAGAGACCGUAUCAGUGCAGUGAAUGUGGAAAAACCUUUAAGGAUUCACGUUCAUUAAAAUCACACCAGAAUACUCAAAUUAGUCAGUGUUCACACUGUGAUAAACGUUUCUGUCAUAAAUAUCAGCUGAUAAUCCAUCAGAGAGUUCACACUGUAGAGAAACCUUACGUCUGCACUCAUUGUGGAAAGAGCUUCUCUAGUUCAUCUAAUUUUAAAGCCCAUCAGAGAGUUCAUACUGGAGAGAAACCUCAUCACUGUAGUGUCUGUGGGAAGAGUUUUAGUGUAAAGUAUACAUUACUAAAGCACAAGAUAAUUCAUACAGGUGAAAAACCUUACAAAUGCUCUCAGUGUGGCAAGACGUUUACUUGUUCAAGUAACUUAAGAUACCAUCAGAGACUUCAUACUGGAGAGAAACCUUAUCACUGUAGUGUCUGUGGAAAGAGUUUUGGACAAUGGGCUACAUUACUAAAGCACCAGAGAGUUCAUACAGGUGAAAAACCUUAACACUGUAAUGUUUGUGGGAAGAUUUUUAGUCAACAGUGAAACUAACUUAAAGGUCACGUUUUCCUAAUCCUAUUUUUUAAACCCUAGUUAGAGUGUAAUGUUGCUAUAAUAGCAUAAAUAAUACUUGUAAAAUGAUAAAGCUCACUGCCAGGCGAUAUAUUUUCUUUAACAGAAUUCACCUUUCAAAGCUUACAGCGAACGGCCGGUUUGGACUACAGACCUCUACUUUCUGUUUUAAUGACUACAAUAGAACAGUUUUUGACUAAACCCCGCCCACAGGAAUAUGUCAGUCGCCAGCUAAGCUAACGGCAAGCUAAUCAGCCUGUUUUGAGGACCGUGAAAACAGCGCUAUAGAGAUAAGUAAAUUAUGUGACUCCAUACAGGUGAAAAACCCUUAAGUGUGACAAGACGCUUACUCUGUCAAGUCACUUCCCUUCUGAAAAAAAAACAAUAAAACCUUUACAGAAAUUCCUAAUGGUUUCCAUUAAAAUACCAAAAGGAACCAUUAGCUUUUACCAUUAAAACCACUACAAAAUAUCUUCCUUUUAGCUAAUUAAACGUCUGACCGAACAUCUUAAACUAGCAGCGCCUAGCAGCGUCUGCGGCCCACAUGAUGACCUGACAUGAUGUCAGUGCCUUAAAAUUAGCGUUUUAGGUGCCAAGCUGUUAAAAAGUGUAUGUGUCCGAGAGCAAACUAACUGUUCAGAACUACAAUAGUGUUAAUAAAAUGUGAAAAACAACAUUAAUUAACACAUUUAUCAUUUUUAUGUCACAUUUAUCUCUUUUAAGAACUCGUUAAUUUUAUAUUGUGUGCUAUGUGAUUUUUCUAAUUGGUUUUAAAGUAUUCAUGUCAUGGGACCACAAUGUCAUUAAUUGUUCAUUAACUUUGGUUGGUAUAGAAACACACUGAGAAAGAAACUGUUCAGAUUAUUCAGUAAACGUCUCCUGACUUCUACUAUAGGCCUUUUCUCUGGGCUGGUAAAUGAAAGUUUACUUAAUUAUUUAGGAUUUUGUCAGUCUUUCAUUCUUUCUAGGAAAGCUAAAGGAGCUGUUAUUGCAUUUGAGAGCAUCUUGAACAGAUGUGUGAUGUGGUAGCACAAUAGAAAUGAACUGCAAGAGCUUGUAGAGAGGAGUAAAGACUGCUGAGAGGAACACCAAUAUAUUUUGAAUAUACGUUGCAUACCUACCAAGCUUGUCACAUUUUUACUGCACAGAAAUCAUAUAUUGUAUAACGGGUUUCAUUCUACUUUAUUAUUAUGACGAUCACAGUUGAAUGUAAUGUGGUAAUAAAAAAGGAAGAAAGUCAUUGUACAGGUAUAUGAAAAUAAAGGCUUUAAACUUCAACUGCACGUUUCAUUUGCAUAUUCAAGAGGGAAUAGUUUAAAAUAAUUUCUUUAAUUCCUUAAAAAAAAAAACAUAAUCUUAAAACGUAAGUAAUGUGAUAAAAAUUAGAAAAUAACAACCUACCAGGGAUGAUAGAAAAGAGACAGUUUUGCUACUGUAUUUGUAUAUAGCCAUGUAUAAGGGAGAAUAAGUUAACCUGACUAUACAUUUAGGUCCUAUAAAUAAAGCUCCUGACUAAAAAUGUAGGUGGGUAUCUGAUUUAAAAAAAAAAACUAACUGUAGCCUACUAGCACUAAAGUCACAAUCCA